CACACACACACACACACACACACACACACACAUAGAUACUUACAGCCAGAGGCUGGAGGAACCAUGUUAGGACAUGGGACGGACCAGGACUCGAGAUACACACACACACAUACCUUCCAGCACAAUGAGGAACCAGCAGGAUGAAGACAGUGGCAAAGAGUGAAGACAUCAGAGCGGGACAGGCUGAGGGGUGGAGGAUGAAGACAGGCAGACAGACAGAUGUGUGACUGAGCUGCUGUUUCCACACCUGUCAGAGAAGUUUGAAGGAGUGCUGCUCUCAUGGCGGGACCAACCCCACAGGAGCCCUUGAAGACCCAGCAGAAGUGCAUUGCCAUCUUUGCCCUACUCUGCUGCUUUGCUGUGCUGGUGGCUCUGAUUUUCUCAUCGGUGGACCUAUGGGGAGACGAUGAAGACGGUAUCACAGAGGAAAACUGUAGCAGAGACUGCCGCAUCGUGCUCGUGGAGAAUAUUCCAGACGACCUCAGUCUCCCCCUGGAUGGCAGACCCCACCUCCCUCUCUCUGGUGGCUUUCACACAUUGUUGGACCAGGCAAAGCACUCGGUUGAGGUGGUGUCCCCUGCCUGGGCCUUAAACCCCUGGGACCAGGAAACAAUGCCAAGCACUGCCAAGCAGGGUCGGCUGUUGUUCCAGAGACUGCUCAGCCUGAAAUCUCGCGGGGUUAAACUGAAGAUUGCCAGCAGUCUGACUAACUCGGCCGAACUGAAGACCUUGGCAGCACACAAUGCAGAGGUUCAUUUUGUAAACAUGACAGUUCUGACCAGAGGAAGACUACAUUCCUCAUUCUGGAUAGUGGAUCGGAAGCACAUUUACAUGGGGAGCGCUGACAUGGAUUGGAGGUCACUCUCCAAGAGGAAAGAACUGGGGGUGCUGCUGUACAACUGCAGCUGUCUGGCUCUGGACCUCCACCGAAUCUUUUCCUUUUACUGGCAGCUCCACGAGAGGGACUACAUCCCCUCCAUCUGGUCGAAGAGAGUUACAGCCCUCUACGGAAGGCACGACGCCCUUGAGCUACAGCUCAACGCCACCAAGGCCACAGCUUAUGUGUCUACCUCUCCUGAACUCUUCUGCGCUAAAGAUCGCACCAGAGAUGUAGAUGCCAUCUAUCAAGUCAUCCAGAGCGCAAAAACGUUUAUCUUUAUAUCUGUGACGGACUACCUCCCUCUGUUGAGCAGGAGUUUCAGAGGAACCUCGGUCACAAGAUACUGGUCGCCUAUUGAUGAGAUGAUCAGAGAGGCUGUGGUGCUGAGAGGACUCAGAGUUCGCCUGCUGAUAAGCUUCUGGAAGAAGACUCACCCCCUCACCUUUAAUUUUGUCUCCUCCCUCAAGUCCCUCUGCAUGCAGCUGCACAACUGCUCAUUAGAGGUGAGGUUUUUUUGUCACAAGCAGCAAGAGGAUGAUGUUCAACAUGGGCUCAACCACAAUAAGUACAUGGUGACCGACAACGCUCUCUACAUUGGUAACCACGACUGGGUCGGAAGUGACUUUGCCAUUAAUGCAGGAGUUGGGUUGGUGGUCAAUAUGCAAAAUAGUCUUAAAGAAGGAGGAGAGACGAUUCUGGAACACGUCAAGGCUGCUUUUGAGAGAGACUGGAGGUCACGUUACGCUAAGAGCCUGCAAGGACACAAGGAUCAACAGGGCAAAUACAGAAACCUGCAACAAGCGAAAAUCCACAUGGAGUCUAAGGAGGAAAAUGAGUGGAAAAACCCUUUAUCUUUAUAAGCACAGAAUAUCUUUCUAUACUCUACAGCCUCUGAAUACAUCUAGAUCUUACAACACAAUAUGAGAAUGUGGCUUAUAAUAUUAGACUUAAAUGUUAUUACCGUCAACAAAGACAAGUCAUAAUUUCACUCACUACAGCUGCAGGUUACCCAAUAGUAUCUAACUACUUAAUCAAAUGUCGACUGUUAUACUGUAGCAUGUUGUGCUGCAUGAAUAUUCAAAGCAAUAUUCAAUCCGAAUUAUUUACUAGGACAAGCAAUAUGCUGAUUAUAAGAUCAAUAUGCUCUAUGUGAAACUUAUUUAAAUCCAUAAAGAUGUCAAACUCACAAAACAAAUCACAUUUAGUAUUUAAUGAUGAUGCUCUAUUUUUGCUUAUUGUUUUAACGUGUAUUUUAUAAACUUUUUAAUACUUUUUGCAUAGUAUUUAGGACUUUAAUGCUGCAUUGCCCUCAGUAGUAAUGAAUUCAGUUUUUCGAAUGCACAAGCUCAUGCAGUAGGAGGACAGAUGUGACGACAACUGUUUAUCAUCUCAUUGAAAAUUGUCA